AGGCGCCCACCACCAACCCACAUACCCAACCCCCGCGAGGGGGGAAAGGAAGGAGAAAGCCUCCCGCCCCCCUCGCCGCCGGCGAACGCGACGGCGGGCGCGUCACCACAUGCCGAUAUCCUCCGGCAUACUCGCGCCGACGCGGGGGGCCUCCUCGUCGUCGUCCGCGGUGGGGAGGAAGCUCCUCCUCCUCGGGGCUCGUCAUCCUCCCUCGUCCGUGGCGGUGGCGGGUCGUGGCGUCUGGCGAAGGGGGCUUGCCGGGGUCGGGGUGGCGGCGGCGGCGGCGUCGUCGUCUUCGCCCGACGAGCUUCACGCGCGCGGGAGGCCCCUCCGCGGCGGCGCCUACGAGGAGAGAUCUGCCCUUUGGAACUUGAUAAAAGACAUAGAACCUUUGGAUCUAAGCAUAAUCCAAAAAGAUGUUCCUUCUGAAACUGUGGAUGCAAUGAAGAGGACUGUUUCAGGCAUGUUGGGCCUUCUUCCAUCCGAUCAGUUCCAUGUGGUCAUAGAGUCCCUUUGGAAUCCUUUCUUCAAGCUGUUGGCAUCUUCAAUAAUGACAGGGUAUACUUUAUUCAAUGCUCAGUACAGACUCUCCCUUGAAAGAACGCUGGAGUUUUCUGAAGAAGAAACUGAAUGCAAGAAAAGAGAUAGCUGUGAAGAAAUUCACAGUGUUGGAAGGCCUUCUAUGUUUCUCAGCUUACCAGAAGAUGUAGGCUUGACAAUCGAAUCAGAAAUGGCAGAUGAAAAAUUAUGUGGAAAUAUGGAUGGACUAGGUAGCUUAAGUAUUGAAGCAAAAAAACUCAUUCUCGGUAUGCAAUCUCGCUUGGAUUCCAUGGAAAAGGAGCUACAUGAACUUAAGAAGAAAAAUUCUUCCCAACAAAUGCAGCAAUUUGCUGGAGAAGAGAAAAACGAGCUGCUGUAUUACUUGAGAUCGCUGUCACCUGAGAAGGUUGUUGAACUCUCGGAGUCUUCCUGCCCUGGUGUGGAAGAAGCUGUUUACUCCGUGGUACAUGGUCUGCUAGCAACUCUCUCCCCCAAAAUGCAUACGAAUCGCUCUCCGACCUCAGAGAACAUGGCGGGUGGAGCUGUAAAUUUUGGGAUGGAGGAGGACGAUGAAUUCACUGAGCUCGUGGAGGACGUGUCCCUCCCAUUUCAGCCCCUGAUAUCUAUUCCUCGCGACCGUCUUGCCCGUCUAUUAUUCUGGUGCAUGAUGCUGGGCCAUUACAUCCGAGGUCAGGAGUGCCGGCUUGAGCUGAUGCACCUCCUGGCAGUCUCCAGUGAUGCACAUUCAUGAUCUCCCCUAGUCUGGUAGCAACAGCAAAUGCUCUGCAAAGCUUCUGUCAGCUGAACGAACUACUUCUGCAUGACAAAGACGGAAACAGGAAACUCUCAAGCAUCAUGCGAAUCGAUCCAAUUUGGAUGCUGCAACAUUAGUAUGGGGAUACAUAGGAGAGGGAGAAGAGGAGCAAACCCAUGGAUGGCCAAGGUAGAGGUCAGGUCAUGGUCCCUGCAGUAGCUCGAACCAGGUUGGGUUGCUCAGUAGCGUCAGAUUUCCAUAUAGGAUUAACCAUUUCAUCAUGGUUAAAUGUGCUUUUCACCUUCUUGUUAGUUUGUGUUGUGCUAUGUGUACAAAUCCUGGAGUUAGUAUACAGUAUUUCCUCACCGAUGUACUGGUAUUUUGGUUGUAGCAACGUUGGUGUUGCAUCCUGUAUAUAUAACAUUAUACUAGUAGUAUGUAUGUAAAACUCUUAUAUUUCCUUGUGUAAAAA